UUUUAAGUCACAAUAGAAUUUGAAGUGUCAAAAUAAACCGCAGAAAGUAACGAAAAUAUAAAAAGUUUAAAUGGAUCCGAGUAUUUUCUUUUAUUUAAGUUCCAGCGAUGAAGAAAAUAAUGAAAGAGUUGUGCGAAAACAACUUCGAGACAAAAGCAAUCCGCUAGCAUUAUCAAACAAUGCGUUUAUCCAAAGGUUUCGCUUAAGCAAAGAAGCAUUUAAUUAUGUUUUAAAUAACAUAAAUAUAAAUUGCCAAGACACAAAAGCUGUUCCGGCGGUGCUCCAACUGGCUGCGUGUCUCAGCCUACUCGCAAGUGGUGGCUAUCAGCAUGCAAUAGGCAAUGACUAUUUGAUAGGAAUGUGCCAGAGCACUGUCUCGAAAUUAACGGGCAAUGUUUUGGAAGAAAUUGAAGCCAAAUUGUGUCCUAAACAUAUUAAAUUUGAGCCAGAUGAUUCGAGAAGGUGCAAAGAGUGGUUUGUUGAGAACUAUCAAAUUCCAGGAGUGGUUGGAUGCAUUGAUGGCACCCACAUUGGACUACAAAAGCCCACGGUCAACGAGCAUAUGUAA